UUUUCGUUGGAGGUGGAACGUUCCUUUCAGGUUAGAACCCGGCUGCUGAAGGAGGGCAUUGCCGUUGAAGCCCCGAAGAAAGGAGACAAGAAGAAACUGGGGUUCCCCUUGGCCCUGUUUGGGGGCACUCUGGUCGUCAUGGAGGACGGUAUCUAUGUACCUCCAGAUCUGACACCAGAGGAGAGGCUAGAGUUGGAGAACAUCCGGCGACGGAAGCAGGAGCUCCUGGUAGAAAUCCAACGCUUGAGAGAUGAACUCAGCGAAGCCAUGAAUGAGGUGGAGGGGCUGGAGGCCAAUGAGGGAAGUAAAACUCUACAGAGGAAUCGGAAGAUGGGGAUGGGCCGUAAGAAAUUCAACAUGGAUCCCAAAAAAGGAAUACAAUUCCUGGUGGAAAAUGAACUUCUGCGCUCCACACCUGAGGAUAUUGCUCGCUUCCUCUACAAAGGGGAAGGCCUCAACAAGACAGCCAUUGGGGACUACCUUGGCGAGAGGGAGGAGUUUAAUAUUGGUGUCCUCCAUGCCUUUGUUGAUUUGCAUGAAUUUACUGACCUCAACCUAGUGCAAGCGCUCAGGCAGUUCCUGUGGAGUUUUCGGUUACCAGGAGAAGCCCAGAAAAUUGAUCGUAUGAUGGAAGCCUUUGCUCAGCGGUACUGUCUUUGCAACCCAGGAGUCUUUCAGUCUACAGAUACGUGUUAUGUCCUCUCCUUCGCGGUCAUCAUGCUAAACACCAGCCUUCACAACCCCAACGUGCGAGACAAGCCCACCGUCGAGAGGUUCAUCACCAUGAACCGCGGCAUCAAUGACGGGGGCGACUUGCCAGAGGAGUUGCUGCGGAAUCUGUAUGACAGCAUCCGUAAUGAGCCCUUCAAGAUCCCAGAGGAUGAUGGGAAUGACUUGACCCACACAUUUUUUAACCCCGAUCGCGAGGGCUGGCUCCUCAAGCUGGGAGGACGGGUGAAGACAUGGAAGCGACGCUGGUUCAUCUUGACUGACAACUGCCUCUAUUACUUUGAAUACACCACAGAUAAAGAACCAAGAGGCAUUAUCCCAUUGGAAAACCUAAGCAUUCGGGAAGUAGAAGACCCACGGAAACCAAAUUGUUUUGAACUCUACAUUCCCAAUAACAAGGGCCAGCUAAUCAAAGCCUGUAAGACUGAGGCAGAUGGACGUGUGGUUGAGGGGAAUCAUAUGGUCUACCGCAUCUCGGCACCUACACAGGAAGAAAAAGACGAGUGGAUUAAAUCCAUCAAGGCUGCUGUAAGUGUGGAUCCUUUUUACGAGAUGUUGGCGGCCCGCAAGAAACGGAUCUCAGUGAAACAGAAACAGGAGCAGGCAUGAGGUGGGGAUUAAUUAGUUCCCAUCCUUUCUCCUCUCUGUACAUCCUCCUGUAUCAUCUCUUGGAUCUUCUAACAAGCCCACCUGGGUUGAACUCCAUGAAACCAACCAUUCCUAUUGUGGGUCCACCAUGCUACUUGGCCAGUCUAAUGGCAUGCCAGCAUCCCACUGCCUCCACUCACUCAUCUCCCCAGAGCUUCCUCUAGCCCUGUGGGGGUUUGCCAGUGGGACUUGAGCUUGGGAAUUGCCAAGAUGCGGCAACUUCAGGGAAUGGAUGCAUCCUUUUGUGUUUUGAGGCAGCUUCUCCUCCAGACUGAAUUAACCUUCAGCCUUUGUCAGACAGAAUCAGAUGGCUUUGAAGCAUCUUGGUUAACCCCCACCCCACCUUGACUAGAGGGCAACCAACUUUGAUCAUGGUAUAAAGGAGCAUUUUCUACUUUGACUGGACUUGUUCGUUCUGCUUCCCAACAUAACAGCUGGUCUGCAUGUCUGAGAAGAAGAAAAAAUGGAAAAACCCCUUCAGACUAUUGGCAAUUUAGAACAUGGGGAAGCCCUUGUUUUCCCUCAUUGGCUACAGAAAAAAUGCACCUUGAGCACCUAGGCCAAGCACAUCAGGGAGUAAGCUAGCAUGUCUUUUGAACUGCUAGUUUUUCUGUGUUUCAGGAUCACUCAAGUCAUUUAAUUUCCCCAAACUGCUCCCUGAUGCCAAUAAUCACAGGAGCAUUUCUGACAUGCUUUUCUCUACAGGAUGUCUCUUCGAGUUUGUUGCCAAACCAGCCACUGAAAGCACUAUCCUGGGUCUGGCAUACUUAAUGUUUAUAUGUAUUCCCCAUUAUCUGGGCUUAACAAAAGGAAGUAAACGACAACAACAACCAGCUGGGGGCCAGAGAGCCAGACAACUAAAGUAUACGCACUGACAUAAUUUUGAACACUAAUUGUUGCCUCCAGCAGGAAUAACUGACACACAUUUGUAACUGACAGCUCAUAAUUCUUCAUUGUUAGGCCCAGAAAUCAUGGUUUCCAAACUUCCUUGACUGCCAAGCAACUGACUCUUUCCCCUCAGCUACUUAUGAAGUCAUUAGAACAUUGCCUCUACCACUAAUUCUCCCUGCCCUUUCCUGCCUCAAGAGUAGCAGCAACAUAUGUGAGGCUUCCUUCUGUAGUUAAUUCAAUACAUUUUAGAAGCUUACAAAGGAAUUCAAAUAAGAACAGUGCCACUGUCAUGUUAUAACAUGAUCAUUAGGACACUCCCUAAUUGGGCGAUGACAGUUCUGUUUCCGGUAGAACUGCAACAAGAAUCGCCUUUCCUUUCUGCAUUGUCUUUUCUAGAAUCAGAUUUUUAAAAAAAAUAAUCUGAAAACAGUUUUCUUCAGAUAACAAUAAGUCAUUAUGUAGCAGGAUGUUUAAAAGACUGUCUCCCCCAUUUUUCCAGAACUCGGUUGAUACUUACUUGCACAUUCAGGUUAUAGGAUCAGAGAACAAUAAAGAAGGAAGAGAGAAUGACCUUAUGAAUUGGAAGAAAAAAAUAGUCUCUGUAACUCCCUUUUUGGUUGGGUGUUACAAAGUGCAAAGAAAAGGUAGUCCUUAAUUUAUGAUCAGUUUCUUAGCAAUCAAAAUUCUGACAGAUCCCUCCUCCAGAUGUACUUACAAUCCAGAUUCGAAGUUCCAACAGCUGGGGCCCCACCUCACCCUGCAGUCAUGUGAAUACAUUUUGGGUGUUUGGCAGCCAUCUUGCAUUUAUGGCCAUUUUCAACUUCUGGUUACGUGACUGAAAUUUACCAAGGGUUUUGUUUUUUGUUUUUGCAAGAAACUGGCAUUUACUUCUGAUUCCUGGCAAAAAUAACACCCAUUGCAGAGGCCACAAAAAUGUCAUGAAUUCAGGUGGGUUGUGUGAAGACCCUGUUUAACAACUAGCAAAAUGUAUGACCUUAAUUCCGGACUCAGUUCUGGUCAAGGCUACCUGUAGUUGUUGUAUUAACACCUUUCCCUUUUCCCACCCCCUAAGAUUUUAAGAAGUUUGCUCUUCCCAGUGAUGGCCUCACCUCACCGGCCAAGCCUCCCGAGGCCCUCUCCUAAUCGAGGAAGUGGGAUAUUGUACCUCCUUAUCUUGCAGCUCAGAGCUACAAAUCUAGUCUUCCACCACUGCUUUUCCUCAGGUUGUCCCUUGAGUGUAACACCUCGGGGGUCUGAAGGCUUUUCAAACCCCAAGUUGAGCUUUCUAAAUCGCCAAGCACUUUGUGGCACAUCUCAGGCCUUUGCAAAGGAGCAGAGCAAAGUCCUCAGGAGCUGCAAAGGUCUCUGGCUCAAUAUUGUAAUAUCUUCGUCCUCAUGCAUUUCAGCCUGAUCGGCAUCCUCUGCCUCUCAAAACAGCCACAUCAACUGCAGCCAGUUCAAAUCCUGUUGGAUUUAAACACAAAGCAUCUUCCCCCAAGUUAGAAACUGAAAUCAGAAUAAAGGGUUGUGUUUUAUUCCAUUUAAAAGAAAAGCAUGAGGGAAAAAAGUUAAAGGCAGCCAGUGAAAAGAAAGGGAUUGAUAAUUAAUUUUCAAUCUUUAUAUGGGCAGGUGAAAAUAAAUACCAGAAAACCCAGGAUACUCUAAUGCAGCAUUUUCCAUCACAACCCUUUAAGCAGUUUGCUCAAAGCUGACCCAUCUGCUUUAUACCUGCUAAAACCCAUCCUAGGAAACCUCUUAAUCCCUAAUCCUAAAGGCUGGCUGGGGAAUUCUGGGAGUUGAAGUCCACAGAUCUUAAAGUUGCCAAGUUGGAUAGCCUGGCCCUAAUCCAUGCCCUCUUUUCAAUCUUAAUUUAAUUGCUUUCCCAAAGUGGCUAGCCUUUCCCCUUUUUAAAUAAGAUUUAAUUCUAUUCCAGAUCUAAAUGUGUAACAUACAUAUUUUUAUAAAUGCAAGAGUUUCAGAAGAGGAAGAUUAAAAUUAUUAAUCUUGUAGCUAGCAAUGAGGGAUUAUUAAUCUUGUAGCUUUUUUCCAGCUGUGUGUUAUGACCAAAAUCAUUUCUCCCUAGCUAUGAUUUGUGUAGCGAUGGGGGGCAGGGGAAAACUCCCUUUAUUUGUUUGAAGGAUCAGUUUUUACCAAGAUUCUUUUUACUUACUUAAUGAUGAUCAAUUCCCCCCCCCACACACACACACACACAAACACAUAUUUUCCACCCUCAGUAUUGCCCUUGGUUUUUUGACCUGCCUUCUGAUUUUAUAUCUCUGUAAAAGCAUCUUUGUACAUUGGGACUGAUUAUUACUUGUUCUUCAGCAAUACAAAUAGGCCUCUUCUCCAUUACUCUUCAUUGUGGACUUGAAUAUCUUGUCUUGUAGGAAGGAGAUAUAACAAUCCCCCCUCCCUCCUUACUCCUGAAGACAAAAAAAGAAAGACGGGCAUUUUUUGUUUCAAGAAACUAUAUGAUAUUUCCUUUGAUGGUGAUGUUUUUGAUUUAUUUGUUUUUAAAGAAAAUGUUAACUGUUAUUUAAAAAAUUAAUGUAUACAUCUCUGGAUGAUAUGUAAACACCACAAACAUAUCUAGGUUUUGGCUGAUUCGUUGUUUUAUUGUUAUAUUUAUUAAGGACCUAAGAUGGCCAAAGUUGGAGUUUUGAACUCACAAACAUUUGCCUUCUCUUAGACAUCCUUUUUUUUACUUAGGAAAGGGGGGUAAGCAACUCCACUUAAGACCCAGCAUCCGAAAAAUGCCAGAAAUGGAUAAGAAUUAAUGAAAUAUGACCUUUCAGGCUAGUCUGCUAUAAGAGAGAGAAAGCGGGGUGGGGGAGGUGAGGUGUUCCAUCUACCAAAGGCUUCCCAGAAGCCAGGUUAGAUCUCUGCAUUGGAUUCAGGGUCACUGAGGAAUCCUUCUUGAGGCUAUUAAUAUAGUGCUGAUCUUGCACAUCCGUCUCACUGCCAAGGGACCAGAUGUAAUACAGUAAAUACCAUUGCUAAUAAGAUUGUAAACAGGUGAGUGACCUGUUUACUCCCUUUUCUCCCUAAAUAAAUGCUGAGUUUUCUUCUGACAUUGAACAUUUCCUGGUAUUCUGCAAAUGUGACAUGAGGACUAGUAAUUUAUUUUAUUUAUACACCUUUAUUAUUUUUAUAAAUAACUCCAGAUGGCGAACAUACUCUUCCCUCCUCCUGUUUUCCUAUUAAUAGCAGUUAAUAUUAUUAAUAGCCUAUAUCCUACUCUGCUCUAUGCCCGGGAGACCUGGUUACAGGAAAUCUGAAGUUUUAUGCAUUGUGUCGACAAAUAUUUCAUUGAGUAAAUUCAUCUUCAUUCAGUGGUCUCACCUGAUGGGAGAUAAAGCAUGUUAUUUAAUAUCAGUAGCUCUGAUGAGAUUAGGGCUGCGGCUUUAUUGAAUUUACAUAGGGAAGAAACAAACUUUUUUAAGUAAAAACUUUAUUUCUGGAUGAGAUACCCAUGUUCUGUAAGAGACAUCACCGUAGCUGAGAUAAUGCAUGUUAGAACAAGUUCCUUUUAAAAUGAUACUUGGAGGGGUUUUUUUUUUAAAGGAUUUAAAAACUUAAACCUGUCUCUUACUUGGCGCACCUCUUAGUCGAAUGUAAAUUAAACAUAUUUAAUUGAUUUAUUUGUUAGCAGUCAGUAGCAUGAAAUUAUGUAUAAAAGUUUACAGAAUCCAGCCAUUGACUAAAUCAGACUUCAUUUCUAAAAUCUAAAAGAAUGGUCUCCAGAUCAAGAUUAAAAAUGCGUAUUGUAAAA